AUGUCCAACCCUCAGGAUAUAAGUCUAUGGUCCACCAUAUACCAUGAUUUCCUCUUAGAUUCGUCUUUGAAGGAGGUAAACCUCCCAUGUAGCAUCAAGACGGAGUUGUUAAAGUACGAACCAAGCCUAAAUGUGAUACCUCCACCGAAACUCACUCUUCAAAGUACUAAAGUCGUAAAGGAGCUAUUAGUUGAUUCAUAUUCGGGAUUUUUAAAGCAUAAUCAAGACACCGCUAGAAGGAUAUCGGAAUCGACCAUUUCUCCUACUCUUAACUUGAAGUAUAUAGAGUUGCCCAAGUCUCCAGAAUCAUUUAUCUUACCGGAUAGUAAUGAGAAUUCCACUUAUAAUAGCAGCAUAGAAAAGAAUAACGAGAAUUCGCCAGUCUUGUUGAAGCCAAUGCCCAGGCCGUCGUUCAGUCAUUUUCAACUAGACAGGCCGCUUGUGUUGACCCCAACAAAUGAAGACGAUGAGCUCUUAGACGAAGAGAGUAGGACUUUUUACACACUGCCAGGUCUGCUGCCUUCUCCCAAACUUCAGUUAUCGGACAGCAGUAACCGUAGGGCAUCGGCACCAGAGCAGUUAAAGAUGAUACAGUCAAGAGACAAAUUCAACCAGAGCCAGGUAAGUACUAGUAGGCAAAACAGCACAUCGUCGUCAUCCAGAGGUAGUUCCAUAGGUUCGUUAGUAGAGACACUAAAGAACGGAGAACAUGUAAAUUGGAGAAAGGCAGUUAAGAAGUUCAAACUAAGAAGGUUUCUGAAUGAAAACUUGACCGAAGAAGCCAAAGAAUUUAACAAGGAGCAAAUAGAGAAGUAA